AUGGCCUAUCGGCCUGCCACCCCGUGCCUGCCACUGCCCAAAAUGUCGCCCGAAGAGCUCACGUUCACCCUCGUGCUUGUCUCGCUGUACGUCGUGCCCGCGACCUUCUUCGUGCUGCGGCGCCUCUUCAAGGACCCGCGCGGCUGCUGGUCCAAGUACUUUGCGCUGCAUUUGCUCUGCCUCCUCGUCUCGUAUGUCUUGGUCGUCGAGCUCUACCGCGUGAUCGCGGCGAGCAGCGUCCCGACGUUCGACCCGUACGACAUCCUUGGCAUCCGUGAGUACUCGACCAAGAAGACAAUCCGGAAGGCCUACCGCGCGCUGAGCAAGCAAUUUCACCCGGACAAGCAGCUUGGCGACUCGCUCGCCGCGUCCAAGUUUGCGCUCAUCGCCAAGGCCUACGAAGCGCUCACGGACCCCGUUGCGAUCAAAAAUUUCAAGAAGUUUGGCCACCCGGACGGCCCGUCCUUUCACUUGAUCGACUUCAAGGCGAUGAGCGGCCAAGCCGGCAUGACGAUCAUCGCGCUGGUCUACGGCAGCAUGGCGCUUCUCGGCGUCGCGAUUGCGAUGCUCAGCGGCGACAAGUACAAGCCCGAAGUGCACAUGGAGAACAUGUCGGCGUUCGAGAUCCUCAACCGCUGCAUCCGCGAAGUCAAGCAGCCGCUUGCCGAGAAAGCUGGCGGGGACUGCUGUGGCGGCGGCGGCUCGCUGUACGAGAUGGACGCCGAGGUCGUCGCGUUCCUGGACUUGCUCGAAUCCAACCAAGUCAUUUCGACACUGGAGCACCGCGACAUUGCGCGCAUUGACCAAGACCACGUCAAGCGCGACAUGGUGGCCCUCUACUAUUUCUUGAACGAACGCAAGGCCAAGGAGCUCGAGCUCACCGUGCCUUGCGCCUUGCACACGCGCAUCACGGACAUUGUGCUGCAGCUCCCGUACUUGAUCGAGGUGUUUGUCGAAUUUUCCAUCAAAGUGGCGGCCGAGAAAAAGUCGGACGCGACCACCGUCCUCACGGCGCUGCGGCUCCUUCCCGCACUUGCUCAAGGCAGCUUGACGGUCGACGCCGCCGCCAUUGCCGCCCAACGCCAGCGGCUCACGACCGGCGGCAAGGUCCCAUCGCUCAAGCUCAACAACGUGGCCCUGCGUGUGGACGACGAGACUGAUGUCUUUCCGCGGGACUGGGUCACGCUGCACCUCCAGCUCGAGCGAUCGCACGUGGCUGUCGGGGCCACCGCGCCACUCGCGGGCACCCUGUACGACAAGAAGAGCAAGAACCACGUGUACCGGCGCGACCACGCGUGGGUCGUGCUCCAGAACGCGUCGACGCACCACCUCCUUGGCGCGUGGAAGAUUGAGGACGGCCACCACGCCGUCACGGACGCGCUUGGCUUCUGGGCACCUCCCAUCGUUGGCGACGUACUCAUGGACCUGCGUGUGCUCUCAACUGUCUAUCUGGACACCGAGUGCCACGAGUCGCUCCGCAUGAAGGUCGUCUCGGCCAACGCGGUCAUUGAAGAAAUCACGUCCGACGACGACGCCUAG